AUGGAAGAAAGUCGAUUCGAGACGAGUGAGUUACAGGCAUCGUUCAUGAUGUCGACUCCUUUAUGGUCCGAUUCAUGGAGAUUAUGCAACGCAGCGAAUUUCUCAAGGAGUAUUCAGAUCCACCACGUCGCCGGAAUCAUGUAUGUUGCUUUACCGGCGGUGGAGAUGAUUCAGUUGGGAGAUCUUGUGGGCUUGGAAGUCGCCGGAGUUGGAGUUUUCUCCGGUUUAUCAGCAGCAUUAGCCUCCGGUGAGCCACCGCCUAUGGUCGACUCUGCCAUACUCAACCUCUUCCUUCAAUCAAAGGUUAGUUUUUCUUUUUGA